AUGCAUUAAGACAAGGGUGGGCAACUGUGGCCCUCCAGCUGUUGUAGAACUACAAGUCCCAUGAGGCAUUGCAAAACUGACAGUUACAAGCAUGACUCCCAAAGGCAGAGGCAUGAUGGGACUUGUAGUUCACCAACAGCUGGAGGGCCACAGUUGCCCACCCCUGCAUUAAGGGCAGGGGUGGGCAACUGUGGCCCUCCAGCUGUUGGUGAACUACAAGUCCCAUCAUGCCUCUGCCUUUGGGAGUCAUGCUUGUUACUGUCAGUUUUGCAAUGCCUCAUGGGACUUGUAGUUCUACAACAGCUGGAGGGCCACAGUUGCCCACCCCUGGUUUAGG